ACCUCGUACUACGAUAAUGGAUCUCUCCGAGAUUGCGAAGAAGCUUGAGAUCUCAGAGUCAAAGCACCUCAUUCGGAAAGCCGCCGAGCUUCGUCGCCUCUGCGACGUCCAGUUCGAUUCCUCCAUAAUUGGCGUCGGAGAGGUUUGCAAAGCUGUGAUCUGUUUAGAAAUCGCGGCGACAAGAAUGGGGGUUUUGUUCGAUCGGUCAAGUGCAACAAGGUUGAGUGGAAUGUCCGAAAAGGCUUACACCAGAUCGUACAAUUCGCUUCAGAAUGGUCUUGGUGUCAAGAAUAAGCUGGAUGUUAGAGAAUUAGCCAUUCAAUUUGGGUGUGUUAGGAUUAUCCCUUUUGUGCAGAAGGGCAUGUCGCUAUAUAAGGAACGGUUUCUUGCAUCGUUGCCAGCUUCUCGUCGUGCAAAUGCAGACUUUGCUCGACCUGUAUUUACUGCUGUAGCGUUCUACUUGUGUGCAAAAAAGCAAAAGCUAAAGGUAGACAAGCUUAAGUUGAUUGAGCUUUGUGGUUCCUCAGAAUCCGAGUUCUCUUCGGUUUCUACUUCCAUGAAGGACUUGUGUUUUGAUGUUUAUGGCAUAACAAAGGAGAAAAAGGAUCCUAGGGAUGUGAAGGGAAACCGAGAACUGCUAGAUGUUUUGCCAGGAAAAAGGACGCCUGCGGAUGGUGGUUAUUUAUCUGACGAAGGAGAAGAGCUGUCUAGUUACAAGCGGCACAAGAAACUGGAAAAGCAUGCAUAUGACGAGUGGAAAGCUUCUGUCCUUGAUUCUAACAAAGAAUGUAAAGAAAAAGUUGGUUGUAAGCGGACCACACAAACUCGGCUCAACUUUCUGAAGGAAGCACAGGAUAGCCAGAAGUUGGAGGCUCUAUAACGGAUGUCAUGCCUUUUUAAAACACAUCAAACAAUGGAUAUCAAGGUUUGGCUGGUCGAAUCUGCUGAAAGUUUGAGUGAGGAGAGCACACUUUAAGUUAAUGCUAUUGCCCCAAAGUGUUGGAUUGAUUCUUUUUUGCAAUCUGGUGCUGUAUGUUGUUGCUUUCAUCAUCUUGGAGUUUCUCACUCAGCAUAUGAGAUUGAACUCCUUUCCUUUCAAUUGAACAUUGUAUAGAAUUACUCGUAAUGGAAUUAUCUAUUCUUUGCAUAUCAUAU